AACGACAUGAGGAUUUCCUCCCGUACUAAUGGUGGCGCUGUUGUGCUCAGACCGCAUGGGCAUCACGACCAGAAUAAAAGAAGCCCACGUCUCCCCCAGGUCAAGUAUUGAAGAUGUGACCAGAUUUGACCUGCAGAGAUGGUUUGUAGUGUCUGAAUGCUCAUUCUGUUCACUCGAAAGACUGCAUGUGAUAUCAGCUUUACGCACAGUACUUGCAUGCAAUGCAAACAACAGCCCCGCCCACAGACCUGUAGAUUGUGCAAACAUGUUGCGAUUAGUCUCGACAUCGCUGUGUCUCUACUGCCAGCGGGCUCAAGUGACUCCUUUGCUUCUCACGAGGCCCUGCUCCUCGAUCGUUCAAGAAGAGAACCCGCUUGCCAUAAACGCCCUGUACGACUUGUCUGUAGACAUCAGUAAAGUCCGGAAGCUGAAGGGUUGGGUGUUGCGCCAGAGUCCCGUGUACGUGAACGAGACCGCCACUCUGCUGAGGGACAUGGGGGCUAGUGGGCCUGUUAUCGCCCGCAUUUUGGAACUCCAUCCUGAGGCCAUCCUCUGCAAACCUGAUCAAAUGGAGGCUCAGAAAAAGCUGUGGAUGUCAGUGUGCACCAGCCAGAAGGAUCUAGUAGGAAUCAUUGAAAAAUUCCCCACCUCGUUUUUCUCCUCGUCCUCCGAUCACGACAACCAGAAAGCUAACAUUGCAUAUUUCCAGACGUUACAUCUCAACAAACGCAUCAUUAGCAAGCUCAUGGCCAGCGCCCCUCAGAGCUUCAGCCGACCCAUGAAGCAAAACAAGGAGAUGAUCCAGACCCUGCAGAAGACCUAUUUGGACUUGGGUGGGAAGGAGGACAACAUGAAGACCUGGUUGCAGAAGCUGCUUACUCAGAAUCCCUACGUGCUUCUAAAGCUUCCAGAGGUACUGCACGAUAACUUGGCGUUCCUACGCAACGUGGGCUUUACUGGCGAUGAGCUCUUGCGGCUGCUUUCCAAACUGAAGGGAUAUGUUACUGAGCUGAACCCUGAAAGUAUGAGACUCACCCUCAACUACUCCCAGGAGACUUUGGGAUGCACAGAAGCAGAGCUCAGGCAGAUCGUACUUCAGUGUCCAGCCUUGUUAUACUAUUCUGUGCCUAUACUAGCUGAUCGCUUCAAAGGCCUCCUCACUGCUGGAGUAAGUAUGGAGCAGAUCAUGGAGACUCCCACAGUGUUAGAACUGACAACGCAGAUCAUUCAAUAUCGCAUUCAGAAACUGCGCUCUUUUGGUUAUGAUGUACGUUCAGGUAGCCUGGAAGUCCUCGACGGCACCAAGAAGGACUUUGAGGUGAGCUAUGGGAAGUUGCAUCUUAGGCGAGAGAGGCCACUUUUUAAUCCAGUAGCUCCAAUUCAAACAGAAGAUUAAGCAUGGAAGCCUGUUUCC